CUAAUAAUUGUUUUAUAUUUGUCUUUAAAAUCGUUAAAAUCCCGACUGAUUAUUUUAAAUCGAGUGCCAAAUGUAAAGUCAAUAUGUUGUAUUCACCUCAAGUUGGUUUAAUCACGUAUUUCAUGUAAUUGUCAACGUUAGCGCUUCGUUGUGAUAAUCCACUCGUCGUGAAAAAUGUAUGGAGGCUUAAAGUUUAUUUAUUGAAUUAUGAAUUAUUAGUUUUACCUGCUGAGGUUAAAUGCGUAUGGGUAUGGAUUCUCAAGUUUCAUUUAACGCUUUAAAUCGAUGAAAGAAUUACUCUAUGUCAAACAUGAAAGACGGUGUUAAAUUUAACGCCUUAUCCAUAGAAUAUGGACGUGCAAUUCGGAAUUAAUAAUAGUUUCUCAACGAGCUUUUUUCAAAUGCGGGUUAUUAAUUCAAAUGCAUGAUUUAACUACGGACUUAAGAUACCGCUUUAAUUCUACGGGACUCUAUUCAAGGUUGCAGACAAUCAGUGUAUUGUAAUUCAUUGACAAAAUAUUUAGUUUUGAAAAUAUUGAGAAAAAGAUCUAAAUGAAAGAAUAAAUGUUGAGACAUUCAUUGAGUUCGACGAGCCAUGACUAUGAAAUCGUUGACAACUAACGACACUGUGAGGUCGUCAUUACAUAGACCGCGAGUUUCGUUUAACGUGGAGGUAAAUACACAAGGUGACGACAUGGGAUCUGUCAAAGAUGCUGAUCCUUUACCUAUUGUGGAAUUAAAACCUUUCGUUCAAAAAGUAUGGAGAAGGGAAAAGAGUUUUGCCAGUACCUGGGAAAGGAGCCCAAGUGUAGCAACCAUCAAAUCGGAAAAAUCAGAAUCUAAUGUGAGUAAAACGCGGGACAGUGAAACUAUGUCAACAAUAACGUUAGACACAGGCGUCGACGAUGUUUCUUCGUCACCGCCGCCCAAAACGUCACAUUCUUUACCGUCAAGGUUAACGGAACGCUUUCUUACAGUUUACGUUAAUGCGUUCGAAGACUUUGAUACUCAAAAGGAACAUUUUCAUAAAAUUGUUGCAGAGUCGGGUUUUAAGGGCAGAACUAGGUUACAUCCAGUGGUUGAUUCGAAAAUGAAAAAGCAACCCGAACAUACGAUAAACAUAAUUCCAGGAUUUAUAACACGUGACGAUAGGACUAAGACGACGCUGUGUGAGAUUUCAGAUGGUGACUGUACAAAUCGUUUUUACAGUUUCAAUCCAAAAGCGAUAGGCCCAGACGAAAUACGUAAACAACAGUUGUUGCGUGUAUCCGGUGAAACAAUUGACCACAACAAACGAUCAACUCCUCAAAAUUCGUCUCCAACACCAAGCAAAAUCAUUAACGGAUCGUGGCAUGGGUCAAACGUGCGUCAUGGUAGUCCUGCCAGUAUGCUGUACCACAACAAAAGAGGUCAUAGGUCGAAACGCACGAAGACUCCGCUAUAUGACCACUUAGAUAGAACGGGUACUCUUCCUUCGUUGUCAAUAAAUUCAACAAGUCUUAAAAGGAGAUCACCUAAAAAGGUUUAUGAUAAUAAUAGUGAAGAUUAUGUGGACUAUUCUGACGCUUAUGAGCCUGAGAUGAAACAUAAUGUAGGUGGUAUUGAAAACUCUCUUGUAGUGUUAAGCAAGCAUGGCUCACCAACAAAAGUUGAAAGACAAAUUUCGUUUGAACUUGAAAGUAAUUUAAGCAGAUUUAGAAAAUUAAAAGACUAUUCCCCAUUCGAAAUCAACCCUUCGGAACUAGCAAAAUAUUACCCACCACCAACUUUCAACAUGACUCAGGGUGAGGCUCGAAUACGACAAGCCAUGCAAUCCAACGCUUCAAAGAUAAAACAGAGAAAGUUACGUGGAGGCCGCAACGGGUAUGGUUCAUCUUUUAGCACUUCUUUUAGUGAAAUGCACAAUGACCAAUAUACACACGGAAUUCUGAAAAACUCAUUUAAUCGAAUCGAUCAUAUUGACUCAUUUGACAAUAUGUACAAUCCGUAUAAUAGAGCGUCUGUACAGGAAUUCACGCCAAACGAAGAACCGAGCGUUCCUUACGACACGCCUCGUUCUCGCCUUGAUUCCAGACAUAGUUCAAAGGUGUUAAACGCCAAUGUUCAAGAAAAGAAAGAACAAGUGGCCGUGAAAGAAGUUAUUCAAAAGGAAACAAAAUUAGCCUCAGAAUCGGAAAUACGGUCGUCUGCUACUCAAGCGCCACCACCGGAAGUAGAACAUAAUGUUAAAGAAGGAAAUGACGUGGUUAUUAAAGAAGAUGUAGAUACAAAAACAGUAGAGUCUGUGAUAAAAGACGAGAACAAAAUCACGAAAGAGACUGCAGAAAUUAAGUCAGUAAAAAUGAAAACUGCACAACCAUCUGUAAAACAGAUUGACGCGAGUGGUCGAACAUUUAUAACUUCAGACAGUAUCCCACAAAUGGGCAUGGUAACUAGUUGAUAAAUUGUUAUUUGUCUUUAUAAUAUGAACAUUUAAAGUCUUUCUAAUGAUGAAACACUAUGAGUAAUCAAAAUCGUUUAGAAACAAAACAAGAAAUGCUUACGAAAUUUGUAUCACAAAUGCAUACUAUGUUAGCCCGAUUAUUUAUUUUACUGUAUAUUCACGGUCUUUAUAAAGUUUACAAAUGGACUGAAGUUGAAUGUAAGACAAAUUACGUAUUAGUAAUUCAUACAGAAACCAGAUAUGUUCUUUGGAAAUGAAAACAACAUCUUAUCAUGUGCACUUCAUGUAAAUCAAUGGAAUAAUUUGUCAUAAAUAUUGUUCCAAAAGUCAAUAAAUUGACAUCAAGUCCUCCAUUUCCUUGUUUGAUACCAAAACAAACAACAUUCACGAGUCUGGGAAAGAUUGGCAUUUUGUGUUCAAUAUGUCAUAAGCGUUCCACGUAUGACCGGUUUCAUUAAGAUUACGUUCGAUAAAAAGGGUGAUCAUCCGAAAGUGUUCAUAGAUGGAGGAAAGCGUUAAAGCAGACGUUAUUGGUAAAUUUUACUAAGAAAAAGGGAUGGGGGAAAGGCUCAUAUUUAAAUAUUUUAUUUGUUUGAUACAUCCUAGUUUUUGUUCAUUAUACAUGAUAUAAAUGUACAACCAUUUUGUUUAUGUUUUAUACCGUUUGAAGUGAAAUUAUUCUUGUUAUAGCUGUUACUUAUCCAAAUAAAAGAAUAUGAAAAAUAAGUCAAUUCUCUUUACGAGUAAAGUGGGUACUUAUUGGUUAUUAAUCGAUUUAAACCUGCAUGAAAUAUAUAUGUACAUUUGUUAAAAUACCCUGAAAAAGGAAUUUCUUCGAUGUGGUAUAUAUUAAACAAAUUUCUUUGCGAUAAAAAAUUAUGAUUUAUUUGUUGGAAAGUUUUCAUAAAGCAGGUAUAAAUCAACGAUUUUGGAACUAAUAAAGUUUGUUUGAUCUGGAAAUAUUGUCUCUCAACGUGAUCAGAAAGUGUAUUAUUUACUUUUGAUUUUCAUUAACUACACCGUAAAUCAUUAAAUAUUGCAACCAUUAAAGUAUAUAGUGUUUACACAUGAUCCUAUCUUGUGAUAAGAGAUAUCACAUUUCUAUCUGAUCAUGACAUUAAAUUCAAUUUCCAAUGUCCUUAACCAGUUCGUGUGCGUUUUGUGUUUAUUCAAUGGAUUUCGGUAUAUACCGGUAUUUAUGGCCUGAAAUUUAAACACCGUUGCUAAAGCCGUUUCGGGUAUUUGUAUAAUUAAAUAAUGUGCCAUGGUCUAUAAUAGGCAGUAUAUCUGAUUGUCUAAUAUAUUAUCGUCGAUAUUAAAUGCCCAGACUUUUAAAAGUCAAUGACACCUAUAUUGACUAUCUGUCAAUACAUUAAAUUGUUCGCAAUGGAUUAUUAAGCGUAUUGAUAGGGUUCAUAAGGUAUCCGGUUACGGCACCGUUUAUCCAUACAAUAAACGCACGGUUUUGAAAAAAAAUCUUUAACAUUCGAUACACUAGCGCUAAUUUCAAUAUUUGCCUAGUAUUUGUUAAAAUAGAUAUAAAUAGCAAGUGUAUGAAUUCAUUUUAUUUAAUAAUCAGUAUAACAAAUACAACAGCUUUUUGACAAUUUAUGAUAAUAGUAUUUGCUUAUAGAAAACACCACGAACACCUACUGCGAUAAAUAUCUGAAAUAGAAAUGUCCAUCAUUUAAUUUAUCCCUUAA